AUGAGGAUCCAAAAUCUUAGGGCGUUGGCAAUAACAUCUCUGACCCUGCUAGUCCUGUUGAUUGUCGCUUGCGGUACUGCCGGGCAACCCGUCCAACAGGCGGAACCCCAGGUCGUCGAGAAGGAGGUCGUGAAAGAGGUAGAAGUUACCAGGGUAGUCCAAGUGGAAGUAGAGAAGGAAAAAAUAGUUGAGAAAGUAGUAGAAAAAGAGGUCCCAAUAGAGAAGGUGGUAUUCGCCACCCCAGUAGCCGGCGUUCACCAGACGGAGAGACCCGACUGGGUGAGCAUUGGCGCCGACCACCACUACAAUGGGGACUUCGUGUUUGUGCACCGGGCCAACCCCGGGUUCCUGGACUUGCACUAUGGGGCCAGUUCCACCACUACCCUUAUGCCCUCUGGCCCUCGGUUCAACCAACUCCUGAUGUACAACCCCAGGGAGCCGAAGGAGAUUGUCGGCGACCUGGCCCAGAGUUGGGAGAUCAAGGAUGGAGGUAAGAAUUUCCUGUUUCGCCUGAACGAUGCCAACUGGCACGACGGCACCCCGGUCACUGCCGAAGACAUCGUUUGGAGCCUCAACCGAAUGGCGCAACCCGACGUCACGCGGGGCCGAGUCACCGCCAUCCGUACCUUUUACGAGUACCAGACCGCAGUGGCAGUGGACGACAAAACGGUGCUGAUGCCCCUGAAGUUUCCCUCAUCGACGGCUCUGGGCUGGCUGGCGGUAGACUACUACAAGAUGUAUCCCAAGGCUUUGGAGAGCGUGAGCCAGGACGACUUCAACUGCUGUUUCAAGAGCACCUUCGGCUCCGGCCCCUGGAAGUUCAGGUCCUGGAAGAAAGGCGACUCCUACGAGUACGACCGCAACGACGAUUACUUCAAGGACCCCAUGCCCUAUGCUGACGGCAUGAAGGUGUUCAUCAUCACCGACUACGCCCGGCGUCUGGCCACCCUCAAGACCCAGCAGGUUAUGGGACGGCGGCGCCGCGGUCUCUACGGUUUCUGGUUCCACUGGAACCGGCCGCCGCUGGAUGACCCCAGGGUGCGUAAGGCGAUUUACCUGGCCGUGGACCGUCACGAGAUCGCUGAGAUUUCCCAGGGCGGUUCAGCCUUGGUUGGCAACUUCUUCCCGCCUGGCUAUGCCCUCAGUGAGGAAGAAGUCCUGUCGUUGCCAGGCUUUCGCGUCAGCGCCGAAGGCGGGACGCAUCCCGACGACUUGAUGGAGGCCAAACGGCUGCUGACCGAAGCGGGCUACCCCGAUGGGUUCAACCUGACCUACAACGUGGAUCAGGCCAAGUUUUCACGGACCGACAGCGAGCUGAUGGCGGACCAGUUGAGGGAGAAGCUCAACAUCGAUGUGGAACUUCAGGUUGCCGACCGGGCUACUUUCUACGCCCAGUUGCGGGAUGGCACCCACGACCUCAGCACCAUCGGCACCGGCCUUUACUUCAAGGAGCCGGAAACGGUGCUGGCCCAAUGGUUCUUCCAGGACACUCUCCGCAACCCUCAUAACUGGUCCCACCCCCGCUUUGCCGAGUUGAUGGAGUUGCAGGGGAAGGAACUGGACUCGGAGGUCCGACGGGAAUUGUUCCGGGAGAUGGCGGAAAUUCUCAACGAGGGGGAGAGCCACUAUGUUCCCAUCUAUUGGACCGCCAGCAGCGGCAUCAUCGACUACCGGAUGCAGAAUUUCCGGCCGCCCUACCACCCGCAUACCAUCUGGACCUGGGAGCACGCUUGGUGGGACCCGGACGCGGAGCUGCUCGGGCCGGACGCUCCCCCCAUCGAGUAA